UCCCUGGAUGGAUGGAUGGAUGGAAAAGGGAAGCCAGCUGAAGAACUCUAUUUCCCAGGCUUCGCGGUGCGCACACGGUCCUUGGUGACAGCGAGGCGUGGCAAAGCGUGGCGUAGCGCCGGGGUAAAGCCGCCUGAUGCGGCGAGGCGGCGCUGCAUUCCGGGCGUAGCGGCUUCGGUGGGACUGCGGUGCUGCCUCUUUGCCAAGUCGGUUACAUUUUUUUCCGCUGGGGACCCCAAAGUAAUUGCAAUGGCUGCCAGAGGGACCGUGAAGCCGUUCGCCAACUUCAAUGCGAACCAGGAUGCUGAGGUCCUGUUCAAGGCCAUGAAGGGGCUGGGCACCGACGAGGACGCCAUCCUCCAGCUCCUGACCGCCCGCAGCAACAGCCAGCGGCAGCAGAUCAAGGCUGCGUUCAAGACUCUUCAUGGGAAGGAUCUCGUGGAUGAAUUGAAAUCUGAACUUGGCGGGAAAUUCGAGACGCUGAUUGUCAGCUUGAUGAUGCCGCCGACCAUCUUCGAUGCGACUCAGCUCAGGGAUGCAAUCAAGGGCGCUGGGACAGAUGAGAAGGUUUUGGUUGAGAUCCUAGGUUCCAGGACGCCCGCCCAGAUCCGGGACAUCAUUGCAGCCUACAAACAAGAGUUUGGGAAAAAUCUCGAGGAUGAUGUCACUGGAGACACUUCCGGCCAUUUCAAGCGCUUAUUGGUCAUCCUCCUUCAGGCAAGUCGGCAACAGGGAGUUGACAAUGGGGCCAUCGAACAGGAUGCUAAGGCCCUGUUUGCUGCUGGGGAGGCCAAGUUCGGCACAGAUGAGGAGACGUUCAUCACCAUCUUGGGCAACAGAAGUGCAGAGCAUCUCCGGAAAGUUUUUGACGCAUACAUGAAGUUGUCGGGGUAUCAGAUUGAAGAAAGCAUUCAGAGAGAAACCUCCGGGAGUCUGAGGGCAUUGAUGCUUGCUGUAGUGAAGUGUGCGCGAAGUGUCCCAGCCUAUUUCGCUGAAGGCCUGUACCACUCAAUGAAGGGAGCUGGUACAGACGACCACACCUUGGUUCGAAUCAUGGUAUCCAGGAGUGAGCUGGACAUGCUGGACAUCAGAGCCAACUUUAGGCGGAUGUUUGCCAAAUCCCUGUACUCCAUGAUCAAGGGUGACACAGGUGGGGACUACAGGAAGGCGCUGCUUCUGUUGUGCGGUGGUGAUGAUGCGUAGUACACACCAGAAAAGCCACACACACACCAGGACCAGUAAUACCUUCAAACACAGACCUGCUAAUGUGUACUGUUACCUUAAUGUUACACCUAAUGUUACUAUAGCCAUGCUACCUUAAUGUUACACCUAAUGUUACUAUAGCCAUGUUACCUUAAUGUUACACCUAAUGUUACUAUAGCCAUGCUACCUUAAUGUUACACCUAAUGUUACUAUAGCCAUGUUACCUUAAUG